AUGUCUGCGGAGCCCGAAGAAGAGGUGGAGGUUUGCUGCGGCGGCUUCGACUUCCCUUGCGUCGUCUGCAGCCAGCAGCAACAACAGCAACAGCAGCAGCAGCAGCAGCAGCAGCAGCAAAAUGAAACCCUACACUGCAUGCAAACUGAAGCAGAUCCGACGCAUGCAGCAGCAGCAGCAAACUUUUCACAAGACAAUCUGUCUCUAAAUGCAAUCAACUGCUGCUGCUCCCCAACCCCUUCCACCCCUUACACUCCCUUAGGGGCCCCUAUAGGAGGGUCACCUUUAGGGGCCCCCGAAGGGGCCCCCCUUAUAGGGGCCUCCCCUAUAGGGGGGGCCCCUUUAGGGGCCCCUAUAGAAAGGGCCCCUAUAGGGGGGGGCCCUUUGGGGGCCCCUAUAGAAGGGGCCCCUAUAGGGGGGGCCCCUUUGGGGGCCCCAGUGGGGGCCUCUAUAGAAGGGGCCCCUAUAGGGGGGGCCCCUUUGGGGGCCCCUUUAGGGUCCCCUAUGGGGGGGGCCCCUUUAGGGGCCUCUAUUGGGGAGGCCCCUUUAGGGGGCCCUAUAGGGGGGGGCCCUUUGGGGGCCCCUAUGGGGGGGGCCCCAAUAGGAGGGGCCCCCUUGGGGGCCCCUGUGGAUGGAUUGUGUGUUGGUUUGGAGUGUAGAGGGCCUCUCAGCAGCAACUGCAGCAACAGCAGCAGCAGCAGCACCAACUGCAGCAGCAGCAGCAGCAGCAGCAGCAGCAGCAGCAGCAGCAAGUCGGGUGUAUUGGGGAAUCGGUUUGCUUCGGUGGCAUUCCACUCCACGGGUCUCGCUACUGCAACAAGGGCAGUUGCUGCUGCUGCUGCUGCAGCAGCAGCAGCUAAGAAGACAGGAAGCAGCUGCAGCAGCAACAGCAGCAGCAGCAGCAGCAACAGCAGCAGCAGGAGCAAGGCCUCCUCUGUGUGGCUUCGCUCUUCAUAUUUAUCUCUCUGGGCUGAGAUGAAGGCAGCAGCAGAAGCAGCAACACCAUCACAGAUAACUGCUGCUGCUGCUUCUGCUGCUGCUGCCUUCCGAAGCAAAGGCAUUGGCUGCUGCACAACGCAAACAGAAGCAACACCAGCAGACACAGCAGCAGCAGCAGAUACAGCAGCAGCAUCGGCAGCAGCAGCAGGCACAGCAGCUGCAGCAGCAGCAGAUCCAACAGCAGCAGACACACAAGCAGCAGGAGCAGACCCAACAGCAGCAACAGCAGCAGCUAAAGGCACAGCCGUGGCUGUCUCCAGCACUCUCGUAGCACCUACAGGCUCUGCAGCAGCAGCAGCAGCAGCAACAACAGCAUCAGCAUCAUUAUCAUCGUCAGCAGCAGCAGCAGCGGCAGCAGCAGCAGCAGGGGGGAGCAGCAGCCCUUUAUGUGCUGGAGUUGCCUUGCGCGAAGAGCAGCAGCAGCAAACAGAGGAGUGCUGCUCGUUGCUUCCCGCUGCAGCUUCAGGUGUAUGGGCAGCUGGGGACAGCCAACAGCAACGGGAGGCCCCCGUCUGGUGUACAUACACUUCAGAGCAGCAAGAAGGAGACAGACUGCAGCAGCAAAAAGAAGAAGAAGAAGCACAAACCCAGCGCACUUAUAUCCAUACUCAACAAGACACCCAACGUGCAGCAGCAGCAGCAGCAGCAGCAGCUGACACAGCAGCAGACACAGCAGCAGACACUGCAGCAGACACUGCAGCAGACACAGCAGUAGCAGCAAUGGAUACGACAGCAGACACAGCAGCAGCAGCAGCAACAGCAGCAGCAGCAGCGCCGCAGGCUGCUACUCAGCAAGACUUCCUUGGGGAUCUGCUGCCCGCGACACAAAAGACGCAGGAAGGUGUAGGAGCAGCACCUGCCUCGCAUGCAGCAGCAGCAGUAGCAGCAGCAACUGCUGCUACUGCUGAGUCUGCUGCUGUAGGAGCAACUGCUGCUGCUGCUGCUGCAGGCGCAACUGCUGCUGCUGCUGCUACUGCAGCAGACAAGGAAGACUUCUUCUGUCAAGGUGAAUAUACACCUGCGGAUAGCCCUCCGCUGCAGGCAGCUGAAGCAGCAACAGCAGCAGCAGCAGCAGAUGCACUUCCCGCUGCAGCAGCAGCAGCAGCAACAGCAGCAGAUGCUCUGCCUGCUGCCGCACCUCGAGAGUUUCCUGCUGCUGCUGCAGCUGCUGAUGAUUUUGUAUGGGUGGGGGGCGGAAGCCCCGUCGCCUUCAAUUCCCGCAGGAUGAGGCGUGCAGACACUGCAGCAGCAGCAGCAGCAGCAGCAGCAGCAGCAAACUGUCAGUCUCCAUACGUACGGGCUGCCGGGCUGACAGCAACAGCAGCAACAGCAACUGCAGCAGCAGCAGCAGCAGCAGCAAACGUGGCUCCGUUUAGUCGCGGUUUUUUCAGUGAGCCCUCAACCCCCCAACGGCAGCCAGUUAAGACAGCAGCAGCAGCAGCAGCAGCAGCAGCAGGAACAGCAGCAGCAGCAGCACGAGGUUUGGCUUCUCCGUACAUGACUCCGCCGCGUGCGCAUAUUUCCAGCAUAGGGUCUGCUGCUGCUGCAGGUGCAGCAGCAGCAGCAGCAGCAGUUGGAUGUGCUGCUGCUGCAGCUUCUCCCUUCAAGCAGCCUCUCGGCCGCAGCAGCGGAUACCUGAAGUCGUCAGCUCGGCGUGCUGCUGCUGCACUCAGCAGAGCUGAGCUUACAGCAGCAGCAAAGAGGUUUACACCCCUCCCUUUAGGCUGCAGCAGCAGCAGCUCCAACUCAACUCCAAGAAAAAAAAGAAAAACCCACAUGCAGCAGCAGCAGCAACAGCAGCAACAGCUGCUGCUGCAGCUGCAGCAGCAGCUGCAGCAGCAGACACCCGAAAGCCAUACACAACUGAACCGUUACUGCAGCAGCAGCAGCAGCAGCAGCAGCAGCAGCGGGGGUAAUGAGGAGGUCGGGAUGUCUUCGGCUGCUGGAGGAGUUUGGGCCCCAGUGAAGAAAGAAUACAUCCUUGAGCAGCAGCAGCAGCAACAGCAGGAGCAGCAGCAGCAGCAGCAGCACGAGCAGGAGCAGCAGCAACAGCAGGAGGAGGGUGAAGAGAACGAUCAGCAGGCCGAGCAAGAGCAUGUGGAUGGACAGCAGCAACAGCAACAGCAGCAGCAGCAGCAGCAACAGCAGCAGCAGCAGCAGCAGGACUUGCGUUUAUUGAGGGAUGUUGUUGCAUCUCCCUUAUCAGAUAGAAGAAGAGACAGCGCAUGGAUUAACAGCAGCAAAGAGGGGGGCCCCUCUUUUUAUUCAGGGCCCCCCUUCUGUUUAUCUGCUCUUCUUCAUUUGCUGCAGCACCACCUCUUCACCUUUCAGGUUGAGGGCCUCCUCUGGAUGCUCCAACGAGAAGGACGCCUACAGGGGGCCCCCUGGGGCCCCCCCAUUGGGCCCCACCAGGGGCCCCCCACAUUGCCCUUACAGGGGCCCCCCUCCCAGGGGCCCCCCUCCCAGGGGCCCCCCUCCCAGGGGCCCACCUCCCAGGGGCAGUCUCAGGGGGCCCCCCAGGGGCCCCCUAUGGGGCCCUCUCAGGGGGCCCCCUUCCAGGGGCCCCCUAUGAGGCCCUCUGAGGGGGCCCCCCAGGGGCCUCCUCAGGCGUUAGGGAGGGAUGGGGGGCCCCCUGUUGUGUUGAAGAGUACAGGUGGUUUGGUGCUAGAUUUAUUUGGGCUCGGGAAGACAAUGCAAUUUGCUGCUCUUAUUGCUGCAACAGCAGCAGCAGCAGCAGCAAACUGCAGCAGAGGGGCCCCUUAUAUGACUCCAGCAGCAGCAGGGGCUGCAGCAGCAGCAGCAGCAGCAACAGCAGCAGCAGCAGCAGCAAGAGCUGAACUCUCGCUGAUAGUCUGUCCUGCUGCUGUGCUGCUGCAGUGGCAGAAGCAGUUUGUGCAGUUAGGCGGAUUAAAAAUUAAAACUUUUGAUUGCAGCAAAUACCUCAGAGAUAACGGGCCCUCACUGAGCCCUUCUCUGCUGGAGGAUGUCGACGCCGUUUUUAUUUCCUUUGAACGCAUCGCUGCAGCAGAUUGCCUCUGCAAACCCCGCAGGCAGCAGCAGCAGCAGCAGCAACAGCAGCAGCAGCAGCAGCAGCAGCAGCAGAAGGAGUUGAGGCUGCUUCUUGCAGAGGAGAGUGGAGAGGAGUUGGAGGGUUGGACAUCUGCAGGUGCCGAGACACCUAAAGAAAGAAGAAAGGAGCAAACAGCAGCAGCAACAGCAGCAGCAGCAGCAACAGCAGCAGCAGCAGGAGCAGCAGCAGUUACUCCGGCUCGCUGGGGUAUUACUGCUACUCCUGAGGCAGCAGCACCAGCUGCAGCCGCAGCAGCAGCAGCUGCUGCAGCAGCAGCGGGAGGAGGCGCUGCUGCUGCUGCUGCUGAUGCUGCUGCUGCAUCUGCAGGCGCUUACAGGCUCCUGAGGCUGCUGGGGGUUGUAGAGGAGACAGCAGCAAAAGAGAAGCAGACAAUCAACGCAUUUGAUGUUUGCUUCUGCGGCAAGAAGGAAGCAGACAAGCCGUGUCUCUCAGAAGCAGCAGCAACAGCAACAGCAGCAGCAGCAGCAGCAGCAGCAGCAGGAGAGGCAGCAGCAGACAUUGGCGGGUUGGUGCUACGGCGGUCGCAUGCAGACUUGAUGAUGUGGGGUGAAAAAAAGAAAAACAUCUGCUCCAAGGCGCAGCAGCUGCUGCAGCAAUUGCUGCAGCAGCAGCAGCAACAGCAGCCGCAGCUGCUGCUGAUGCCGCCGCUGCGGCAGCCCCACUUACCACAAGUACAGAUGAAGGUGCAUGCGCUGACGUUCGCCAGCACCGCAGAGCGCGAGGUGUACAGACAGCUUGAAGAGACAGCGCAGCAGCAAGCAGCAGCAGCAGCAGCAGGAACAGCAGCAGCAACAACAACAGCAACAGCAGCAGCAGGUGAGGGGAGGCUUCUCAGCGCUCUCGAGUGGACUGUGCUGCUGCGGCUCUGCUGCAUGCACACUUCUCUUGUGAAGCGGCAGACCGGGGGCGCCGCUCUAAUUGCUGCUGCUGCUGCUGCUGCUACUGAGCAACAGCAGCAGCACCAGCACCAGCAGCAGCAGCAGCAGCAGCAAUUAGAGGGGGGCCCCUCCCCUCUUCAACGCCGACGGAGGCUUUCGCUGCGGUCGCCUGCACAGGGCAGCAGCAG